AUGGAGGCGAACGGCUGGAAUAAAAGCCAAGCCAUGACUGCACUCACCCUAGGCCUGCGCGACCAAGCCUUAACUGUGUUGGAAGCUCUCGGUAAGAAAGUGACCUAUGAGCAGCUUCUUGAGGCCUUGGAAGCGAGAUAUGGCGACGCUCAUCUGGAACAUGUCUUUCGCGCGCAGCUUAAAGAUCGUGUGCAGCGCAUCAACGAAAACCUGCAGCAGUGGGCUCUAGAGGUGGAGAAGCUGGUGCGAAAAGCAUACCGGUCUGUACCUGCGCUCAUAGAAGGGAACCUGGUGCAGACAUUCAUCGACAGCAUCCGUGACCUGGAAGUCAGAGCUGCUGUGAGGCUCGGGCACCACGAGACGCUUAAGAACGCCUUGGCCCAUGCACUGGAGGUGGAAGCCGUGCGGCAGGAUCAUCGUUCCCAUCGCGUCAGGGAGGUUGCAGCAGCUACAGUUCGCGACCGCAACAAAGGAUACAGCCCAAGGUGCUAUGGCUGUGGGCAAAAGGGCCAUCUUCGAUCCAGCUGCCCUAAGCGAACCGUGGAAAGGAGAGUUGAUCGAUCUCGAGAGGGUCGUGCAGCUAACGGCACCGCCUGGCGGUGGCAGGAUCGUCGUUCCCCUAGCGCUAGGGUGGUUGCCGCAGUUACGGUUCGCGACCACAAUAAAGGAUACAGCCCCAGGUGCUAUGGUUGUGGGGAAAGGGGCCAUAUUCGGUCCAGCUGCCCCAAGCACACCCUAGGAAGGGAAGGUCGUCCGUCGUCGUCGUCCGAAGUCGUCCAUGUGGAUCGCCUAGCGCGUUAUUAUGGGGCCGAUAAUGCUCGGGACGAGCAUGUCUUAGGAGGGGGCAGUGUUACGCGCUCAAAUCGACAAUACACUAGCGCCAUCUAG